AUGGGAGAUUGGAAUUACAAAAACCUUAUACAUGAGCUAUUACAAGGCAUGGAGUUGACAAGGCAGCUUCAAAUCUCACUCCACAUGUCUUCUGCGUCCCUAGAAAGCCGUGACCUUUUGAUCCACAAGAUCAUAGCCACAUUUGAGAGGGCAGUUAAAAUGUUGAACAAGAGAACGGGGUUAGUGGGUGAGCCUUCAUAUUUGGCCACAAGGGUUGCAAUCCGAAUGUCAGAGUCACCACCUUUGAGUGUAAGUCCUAGUGAAGACUCAAACAAAGAUCAGAGAGACCUCGACCAGAGUUUUUACAAAAAGAGGAAAACUGUACCAAGCUGGACAAAAAAGAUUCGAGUUAACCCAGGGAUGGGAGUGGAAGGACCCCUUGAUGAUGGAUAUAGUUGGAGAAAAUAUGGCCAGAAAGACAUACUUGGAUCCAAGUAUCCAAGAGGCUAUUAUAGAUGCACCCACAGAAAUGUUCAAGGAUGCAUGGCCACAAAGCAAGUGCAAAGAUGUGAUGAAGACCCAACUGUAUUUGAAAUCUGUUACCGGGGAAAUCACACUUGCACAAUGUCUCCCUAUGCAGUUGCUCCAUCAGGACCACAAGAAAGCCAAGAACCAAAUAUGACCACAGGUCCACAGCACCAAAGUGUUGACCAGCAAUCAAGUGACCUACUUCUGAACCUCCGUGAAGGCCUGAGAGUCCUAACAGAGAACCUUGAUCAUGCCUCUAACAAACCAUUUGAUUCAUUAUUUCAUCAUUUCCCUUCAACCUCAAAUAUAAAAACUGAAGAUCAAGUUUUCCCUUCUCCGGCCACUGAAAACAACUUUACUUAUCCUUCUCAUGUGUCCCCUGCCACAUCUGGAACAACCUACUUUUCAGUUUCUCCAAGUAGUGGAAAUAGCUUUAAGGGGCACCCAAAUUUGGCAAGUUCUGGGUUUGAGAUCAAUGACAUGAUCUCAGCAUCUACUUCUGCUGCAAACUCUCCAACCGUUGGCUUAGAGUUUCGAUUUGAUCAGUUUAAUAUAUUAUUAGACAGCCAAAACUUUUCCUUCGAUAACCCACCAUUCUCCUAA